GACACAGUCGUAGAGAGCGCUUCGAACGCGUGUGUUUAUUGGACUUUAUUUUGACAAGUUAACAUAUAAUAAACUUUUUCCCUUUGAUCGAAUAACAAGGAAACUAUCACCAUGGGGAAGCGACAGCAUCAAAAAGAUAAAAUGUAUCUGACCUAUACGGAAUGGACAACAUUGUAUGGUGGCAAGAAAGCGGGAACAUUAGAAUCAACAGAGGACACAACAUUCCGUCGUUUGCCGUACAAUCAUUGCUGCGUGAGCCUGCAACCCUUUGAACAUCCGUACUGCGAUGUGGAUGGAAAUGUGUUUGAGCUGCAGGCAAUCGUGGAUUAUAUUAAGAGGUUCAAACAUAAUCCAGUGACAGGAAAACCUCUAGAUGCCAAAUCUUUGACUAAAUUAAAUUUCUAUAAAAAUGCUGAGGGCGAGUAUCACUGCCCUGUUCUUUUCAAAGUAUUCACUAAACAUUCUCACAUUGUGGCCGUCAAAACAACGGGAAAUGUUUAUUCCUAUGAGGCAGUUGAGCAGUUGAACAUAAAGACACGAAAUUGGAAGGACUUGAUAAAUGACCAGCCUUUUGAACGGAAGGAUCUAAUCACUAUUCAUGACCCUAGCAACGCAAACAAGUUCAAUUUGUCUACCUUUCAUCAUAUUAAAAACAAUCUGCGAGUGGAAGACGAAGAGAUAACAAAGGAGCGCAAGGAUCCCAAUGCUAAACUAAAAACUGUAUCUUCUGAAACCAGAGAAAUAUUGGAGGAGUUGAACAGAGAAUUCAAGCCUGUGGAGCCUAAAGAUACGUCCACUAAAGAUAAAGCGGACAAGUUCAAUGCUGCACAUUAUUCUACGGGAGCUGUGGCUGCAGGCUUUACAUCGACUGUAAUGCCAAGAGAAACGACACAUGAAGCAGCGAUCGUAGAAGAAGAUUUAGUACGAUAUGAACGGGUAAAAAAAAAAGGCUACGUACGGUUCAUUACAAACUUUGGAUCCCUAAAUUUGGAGUUGUACUGCGAUGUGGUUCCAAAAACUUGUGAAAACUUUAUGAAACAUUGUCAAGAUGGGUAUUACGACGGCACCAAACUGCACAGGUCUAUUCGAAACUUUAUGAUACAAGGAGGGGAUCCCACAAACACUGGCAAUGGCGGGACGUCAAUCUGGAGCAAGCCGUUCGAAGAUGAAUUCAAACCAAAUUUAGUUCACCAGGGACGAGGUAUUUUGUCAAUGGCAAAUUCUGGUCCCAAUACCAAUGGAUCUCAAUUUUUCAUAACUUACCGAUCGUGUCGUCAUUUAGAUCGAAAGCACACAGUAUUUGGAAAAAUUGUUGGAGGGUUAGACACGCUGAAUGCGAUUGAAAAAAUUGAAGUUGAUAACAAAGACAGGCCGAUUGAAGAUAUAAUCGUACAGCGUGCCCAAGUCUUUGUUGAUCCUUUUCAGGAAGCUGAUGAACAAUUAGCAGCUGAACGGGCCGCUGAAAUCCAAAGAUUAGCACUGGAAGAAUCAAAUAAAAAAUCUAAAAACAAAAAUGAAGGAGGCAAUGUACUCAAAGUGUAUCGUAGUGGUGUUGGCAAGUAUGUGCAGUUCAAUGACGAACAAACAAAGACUGAAAAGGUAGACACGAGCAGUGAGCCAAAACCUAAGAAGAUUAAAGAUGCAUCUUAUACGUUUAAAAAUUUUUCUGCAUGGUGAAAGAAUAUCCUUAAAAAUACAUUGUAAUUAUAUUCAUGAAUUGUAUAGUUUUAUUAGUGUUGAAUGUUGCGCACAAAGUUGAAAAUAUUCAAAUUUUUUAAAUAUUUUUUUUCAACUCACUAAAUAUAAUAUUAAAAAAAAAAAAACUGAACGCUUUAUUCUAAUACUAGAAAUUUAUCCAUUAUGUUAGCUUGCCUAA